AUGACCGAGAAAAACGCGCAGACAGCCACGGGCUCAAGUCAACAGCCUAGCACUGGAACAGCAGAGAAGCCAAGUAUCAACAUGGCUGAAAGGGAAAAGACGAGGAAGGAUUCAGUCGCAAAAGAUAGCACUCAAACCUCUCCAGCCUCCAAGCCUGAAAAUGGCGCUGCGGGGACUCGCACCAGCCCCAAAAAGCGUCGCAAGGUUAAUCAUGCAUAUGACUUGCGACUCGGUACGACCCCUUUGAACUUUACCAGUACAAUGCGCGAACGACCAUGCACUCGAUGUAUAAAACGCAAUAUUGGCCAUCUCUGCCAUGACGAACCUCGGGAGCCUUCGAAGCGGUCUCGGAAUGACCAGGAACAGUCGGUUGCUGAUGACGAAGGCUCUUCAAGUAACGAGUUUUCGAAUGUUCUUCACGCAAUGCCUCGAAGUGUUGAUGUCCAAGAUGCUGCUGGCCAGCAAAUUCUUUCCGAGGGUCUUCAAUCUUCGUCUGUGAACACAGUGCAGCAUGGCAAUAUCCCCAGCUCUUCAAACCAAGGACUCGGGUCGAAUUCUCAGCAGCUUCUUGGUUACAAUGACUGGAUUGGCGGACAAAGCCAGUUUCAAGACAUGCACACCUUCCACCCCUCGUACAUGUUUAAUGCACACGAAGUUACGAAUGAAUAUAAUCUACUUGGGGAUUUCUUGAGUAAUAGUCUAUUAGACGACGGGGCUAUGUUUCAAAACGACGAUCUACAUGGCAUAUACUCUGACCCGACAUUGAUCAACUCGAUGGCCACGCUAGGCGGUGGGCCUAACGCAACACUACUCCAGCAGUCCCAACAUCCCCAAGUAGUACAAAACCAGACCAACCAGGGAGAUUCUAUCCAAGGGCAGAGCUCUGUAGUGGGAAAUGACAAAGCUAGGGAGACAUAUUACAUGACUGCUGCCGAUCCUUCUGGGUCUGAUCCUCCAGAGGAGCGAAUGAACAAGCUUCUCAAGGCUAAAUAUGAUGCUGGUCUUCUUAGGCCUUUCAAUUAUGUGAAGGGCUAUGCGAGAUUAAAUCAGUAUAUGGAAAAAAAUCUGCAACAGGUUUCACGGCAGAAAAUCCUCCGGCAAUUGGAUAAAUUCCGACCUAAGUUUCGGGAAAGAAUGCAAAGCCUUACUGAUAUUGAACUGAUUCUUGUGGAAAUGUGGUUCGAGCGGAGUUUGAUGGAGUAUGACCGCGUAUUUGCCAGCAUGGCCAUUCCUGCUUGCUGUUGGAGACGAACAGGUGAAAUAUUCCGGGGCAAUAAAGAGAUGGCAGAGUUGAUCGGUGUUCCAAUAGAAAGCUUGAGAGAUGGGAAGCUGGCUAUUCACGAGAUAAUUGUGGAAGACCAACUUGUGAGCUAUUGGGAGAAAUUCGGAGCAAUUGCUUUCGAUAAUACCCAGAAGGCUAUGCUUACUAGUUGUACAUUGAAAAACCCUGAAUCCAGCUCUCCUAGCGAUGGGAUUCCAUGUUGCUUCUCAUUUACAAUACGAAGAGAUACUCAUAAUAUCCUCUCUAAUACGACCCUUCACAACGAUGCACUCUACACCCUUGAAAGAUACCUCAAUAAUCCCCCCAAAAUUGCGGUAGCGGUCCCGCUUUCUAUUCGUCGCCAAAUGGAUAACGAAGGCACGAAGUUGUGGAAUAUUUGUGCACAGGUUAUGCCACACCUUGGGGACAGCAAGGAGAAGAUACUUGUGUUGAAAGUAAUGGCAUAUUUGAUGCUUGAAUGUGCCGCGCCAGGACAAGUUGAGACCAUAGCUGUACGGCUGGAUGGCCUUGAGAAAUCGGAUGUUAACGACCGGUUCAAGCUACAGUCUGUAACUGUAGAGUACUACAUGCUUCGUGUAUAUCUGGUAAACUGA